GAAGGAGAUUGCGUAGGCCGCCGUGUCUCCAAACGGUUAGUCAGUACUGAUGUCCGCCAAAGAUCCUGUUGAUUCUUUCUUUAAUUCCGUUAAGGUUGUGAAAGAAUUGCUUUCGCCACUGGAAGUGGGCAUUCAGCCCAUGGCAAAGUUUGAACCUUGCUUGGCGAGACCAAAGAAUAAGGGAAAUGGUGCCCAAGUGAGCGAAGGUUGUAAGUUUCAGAUCUGUGGUGUGAAGAAGGUUAAAGAUGAGCAAAAGAGGGGGUUACAGAAUUCAAGAGAUCGGUCAAAAGAGAAGGCGUUGACUAAGGAGGAUGGGCCUUCCACCAACUGUUUUCAGUUUGCUGUCAACUGGUCUUUUUUGGUUAAUGGCUUUCUUCAGUCGCCGCCAACUCCUUUCGAAUCAGGACAAAAGCGAUUCCAGAAAAUGGACGCUGAAGAUUAUCCAUGUUCGUACCGGAAGUCCAAUGUUCCAUGGGAAUGGAAGCAAACAGAAUUUAACGGUCAGUCCAUCGAGAUAUUUCGGGACAAGGAUGUAAAAAGGAAGGGGGUACAUCGUGUUUCAUUCGAAUGCUUAAUAGGUUUUAUUUCCGAUCGCUUGACUCCAAAUCUUAGUAAGUUGGAUCAAGGAUUGCAGGGAAACGAUAGUGACCGUGAAAAGACUAAUCUGCUGCAUCCUUCAUCUGAUUUUAGUCAUUUGAAAGCAUUCAUCACUAGUAUUUUGGAAAGGCACCGACAACAUGCAAAUAGGUUCUUAAGAAAUUUAAAAUUUGCAAAAGUGGGCGGUGUGCCAUCAAGUAUAAUAGAAGUAAGCCAUUCAGCUAAACAAGAGCAAGAUGGCAGCGCUCCUGUUGAAAUCAGGGAAGAAAUGGGAAGAAUUAAUUCUUCUGCUUCCUCAAUUUCAUUGGCAGAAUUGAUUGAGCUUCUACAAGAAAAUCCCGAUGUCAAGCUAUCCUCGACGCAAGACUUCUUUAAAUAUACAGAGGGCGAAGGGAGGAGGCUCUUUGAGGAGUUGGAUAGAGAUGGUGAUGGGCAAGUAACUCUGGAAGAUCUGAAAGUCGCAAUGAGAAUGAGAAAAUUGCCACCAAGAUAUGCUCAUGAAUUUAUGUCCCGUACCAAAAGUCACUUGUUUUGCAGGUCUUUUGGUUGGAAACAGUUUUCAUCUGUGAUGGAGCAGAAGGAGCCAACAAUUCUUCGUGCAUAUACUUCUUUGUGUCUAGGCAAGUCUGGGACACUUACGAAGAGUGAAACAUUGAAAUCACUAAAGAAUGCUGGACUCCCAGCGAACGAAGACAAUGCAGAGGCUAUGACGAGAUUUCUGAAUGCAGACACUGAAGGGUCUAUCUCCUACGGACACUUCCGCAGUUUUAUGCUUCUUCUCCCCCCAUAUCGUCUUCAAAAGGAUCCAAGGGGUACUGGCGUUGCUGUUCCACCACCGGUUGAAAAGCCUGCUGAAAGUGUUCUAAUAUCGGCGCUGGCAGGGGGCCUUUCUUGUGCCAUGUCUUGUGCAUUAAUGCAUCCAGUUGACACAAUCAAGACUCAAGUACAAGCAUCCACCCUAACCUUACCUGAAAUCAUUUCUAAGCUUCCACAAAUUGGAGCAAGAGGUUUAUACCGGGGGUCAAUACCAGCAAUUCUGGGACAGUUUUCAAGCCAUGGCUUGCGAACUGGAAUAUCUGAAGCAAGUAGGCUAGUGCUGAUAAAUGCUGCUCCGACAUUACCAAACUUCCAGAUACAAUCUAUAACAUCAUUGUGCAGCACAUUUUUGGGAACGGCGGCACGUAUACCCUGUGAGGUGUUAAAGCAGCAAUUGCAGGCUAGUCUUUUUGAGAAUGUGGGGGAGGCUACCGUUGGGAUUUGGCGCCAGCAUGGACUCGGGGGUUUCUUUCGCGGAACUGUAGCUACCCUUUGCCGUGAGAUUCCGUUUUAUGUCGCCGGCAGCGGGCUUUAUGAGGAAUCCAAGAAGGCUGUGCAGCAAUUACUAGGGCGGGAACUGCAACCUUGGGAGACAGUGGCUGUCGGGGCUUUAUGCGGUGGCUUCACCGCUGUCAUGACGACACCAUUGGAUGUAAUCAAAACCAGAAUGAUGACCGCACAAGGUCAAUCUCUGUCGGCCGCCGUAGUUACUCUCUCGAUCCUCCGCCAUGAGGGACCGCUCGGCUUAUAUAAAGGAGCAGUGCCCAGGUUCUUCUGGGUUGCUCCACUUGGCGCCUUCAAUUUUGCAGGCUACGAGCUGGCCAGAAAGGCCAUGACUAGAAUUAUGAAUGACCAAGCUUCUUAAUUCUUGAUUCACCUGCAUCCCCCUCUAGCACUUUCUGUUCUGUACAUUUGUGGUUUGCCAUCCGUAUUUGUGAUCCACUUCAAUUUGCACUUGCAAAUUUUAUCUUGAAAACAAGAGUUAGCCAUUUCUUUCACUUUCUUCACUUGUUUACGGAUGUUAAUCCUUUCUUUCUUUCAAAUCAAUUAUUGUGGAGUAA